AUUUUUCUUCUUGGUAACUGUAAUGGGCUUUAUUUCUUCAUCUGGGUUGUUCAAGAAUUGCUAAAAGGAGAAGACUUUGAAUUGAUCUUAAAAUGGGUGUGGCUAGAAAUUUUAUCUUUUUGAGGAAAAAUAAUGGAGUUUUACUUAGAGUUUUAUUCAGUUUAUGGUUCAUUUUUGGUGGGUUUUGUCCAGUACUGUGCCUCAGGCCUCUUAGGGAAAGAUAUCGAUCAUGGGGCGAUGAGGUAGCGAGGAUCAUAACUAUAGCUUGUGCUGUGGUCUCAGUUAUUGUGUUGAAGAGCAAUAAAGCAACUUUAGAUAAAGGAGCCAAACUUGAGUACGAUUAUUUCCGCUCAUACAGGUGCAUGCUUGGUGUAAUGGUAGCAGGAAUUAUCUACAACACAUUGCAUAUUCCCUUCGCAGCCUAUUACCUCAUAUCAAAGAAACGUUGUAACAAACCAGUUUUUAAACACUUCUAUUACUUGAUAUGAGGUAAUAGGCAAGGAAUUUGAAGUAACGCUCUGCCCGAUAAACCCAACUCUUUGGGUUACCAUUGCUGAAUUUAUCUAGUAUCACUGCUGCCAUUGGAGUUCGAAUCGAUGAAAGCACCAAUGUAACAAACCAGUUUUUCAACACUUCUAUAACUUCAACAGUGACAAGAAAUUACAACUCAACUCAAGACUAUUACAGGAAUUAGAGAUACCAAACUGAAAUACAAAAGAUAGAGAAGAAAGGAUGAGAAGCUCAGACUCAGAGCAAGGAGAUGAGAGGAUACAGACACUCAGAGAAAGAAAUGAGAAGCAGACAUUUUACUCAACAAUAUGCAUACCUUUUUUACUAACCUAGUGGUAUUUAACCAUUUUCUAACCCGGGUCCCAUACAUAACUUGCUAAAUUUACCAAUAUGUCCUCCAAGAUGUUAUUUUCAUUCAUAACAAUACCGCCAUCCUCAAUAAGAACCUUGUCCUCAAGGUUCGAGUAGAACAACAAUGAUAUCAUAGCGAUGAUUAUACUAAGACUUGAAUGUGGAUCAGGUGUUACAUCAAUAAGAAAUGGGUCUGAAAAACGGUUAUCAAACAGUUCCCAUGAGAAUAAUGUUGCAAAGCACAAUGCUGGAAUAUGCAACUCCUUUGAGUCAGCUAUUAGAUAUAGAGCAACAGUUGGGAUCUCACAAGCUGACUCAUGAAAAACCAUAUUGAACUUAACCCCAUCUAGUCUGGCAACACAUUGUUCCAUCACCCAUCCAUUGACAACAGGAUAUAAUCUCUUCAGAGCCUUCUGGAAAGCAUGGUCUCU